CUUGCAUUUGAACGUCCAGCGCGGAAACAACACAUAGCAUCGUGUUUGUAUUAGCAAGUCAAUCUCUCGCUAACUGCUUCACAUUAACGAGGUUAUAAUAAAACGUUGCAGAUGAGAUUAGGGAUGCUUAAUGAUAUUACAAAGGACGGGCACUGACUUAACGUCCUCGUUUAGGUUAGCCUUGUGACAGAAAGAUGCCUAUCCGAGCGUUUUGCACAAUUUGCUCGGAUUUCUUUGAUCACGCCAGAGAUGUUGCUGCCAUUCACUGCGGACACACUUUUCACUACGAAUGUCUUCUUCAGUGGUUCCAGACAGCCCCCACAAAAACCUGCCCACAGUGUAGGAAACAGGUCAGCACCAGGCACAUUAUCAACAAGCUCUUCUUUGAUGUUGAGGGAGAAAAGCCAGCUGCAGUCGACCCAGAGAGCUUGCAGAAUGAGCUCAAUCGAAUGAAAGUACUUAUGAGCACCAAAGAGCGAGACUGGCGGGACAAACAGAAGACGAUGGAUAGUUUGAAGGACACUGUGGACAAGCAGAGGAGAGAGCUGGAUAGUGCGCGAAAAGAAGUGCUGGAUAAGGAGAUGUUAUGUUCUGCUUACAGGAAACAGAUGACAUAUUUCGAGACACAACAGAAUGAAAUUCAGGCUGCAAAAGAGGAGGUUCGGAGACUGAAGACCAAAAUGAAAACUUUUGAAAGCCUGGACGUGUUGUUACAGGGCCAGCGAACCGAGGUGGAGUCCAUGAUCACGGAUAUGGGAGUCAGCCACGCAGCGGUCGAGCAGCUCUCCAUCUACUGCAUCUCUCUAAAAAAAGAGUAUGAUAAUCUAAAAGGGAGCCUCAAGUCUUCAAAUGACAUGUGUGAGAAGCUGAAAAGGGAAGUGCUCUCCUCAAACAACAAGUUGCAGAUAGCUGCGAUGGAGGUGAAUCAGACCAAAGAGGACAUGAAGUCUCUGCAGCAAGAUCUGGCCAACGCAGACAAAGAGAUCUCUAGUCUAAAGAAGAAGGUGGAGUUUCUCCAGAAGACUCUGAGCACGCCAACACGGACAAAUGAAGCCCUCAGCAGGCUUGUCUUUGAAAGCCCCGCUCCGAUGGAACUGAAGCAGCCUCGCCUCCACCAGCCUGCAGAAAGCGAGGACAUCGAUCUUAAUAUCACCUAUGACAUCAGGACCCCCGACGACGUGGCCACCAGACCAGCACAGAUCCCGUCAAAGAAGAUGCGUCUUGACCCACCUGUAACACCUGUGUGUAAACAGAGUGAAAAAUCUUCAUUUUCGAGCAAGGCUCAGGAUGAAGAUCCAGUCAUGAAUCCUUUUCUGAGGAACUCCCUCCUCUUUAGGAAGAAGACUUUUGGUAGCAUGUUGGACCCUCAGAGGAAGCCUGGAGUUGUCCGAAGUGGUUAUGACGGAUUAGGAGGACGAACUAAGUUCAUCCAACCUUCUCCUUUGUCAGAGAUUCGGCCACUAAUGAAAGCUAAAAGGAAAAAAGUGAGCCGUCCUCCCUCCAAGAUUUCCCCCUGCCUGACCCUGGACGGCUUCCUGGAGUAAAUUUUCCAGUGCGUGAAGCAGCACGUUGGUGCUGAACUGGCCAGUUCAGCCACUCGCCAACAAACACGACUUUCAGACUUUAAGAACCAUAUCUGGGUUUUUUUAGUGAUGUUGGCGAACUGAUGUACAUUUAUUUUUGUGUUGAUGUGAACGUGUUUGUACAGA